AUGGACAGUACGGGUAAACGUCGGUUUCUCAAGUUGCAUGAGUUAGAGAAGUUUAGAGAUGAGGCGUAUAUGAGACCACUAGGCUAUAAGGAGAAGAUGAAGAGGUUGCAUGAUAGUAAGCUGAGAGGAAAUAAUGAGUUUAACACGGGAGACAAAGGCCUUUUUAAUUCUAGAUUAAGAUUUAUCCCGGUUGAUCAGGCUUUUCCAUAUGGUACGGUUGAGUUGAACAGUGGAGAUGGUAAGACGUUUAAGGUGAAUGGUCAUCAUUUGAAGCACUAUAUCGAGGGACCAGGAGAGGAAAGACUGGUGGAGCAACUUGACCUCCCAUUAGUUGGUACUUUAGAGUGA